CUUCCCCCCUCCCUCCCUCCUCCUCCAACUCCAUCUCUAUUCCAAUCUCCCUACGUUCUCUAAAAUCUUUAAUGGCUUCUCUCUUCGAUUCCUCUUUUCGAUAUCGUUUUCUCGUUCUCUUCGAUCGAUAGGAGAACUCUUAGAUCUCUUCUCUCUCUCUUUCUCUCCUUUUAUCUCGUCUCAUGUCUUCUACGCUCUGUUUCGCGAUUUUUAUUCAUUUUUCUUCAACUUUCCCGUAAAAUCUUGAAUCAAAGCCGAAUCUGGAGCUAAGAAUUCUUAUACUUUGGUAAAAAGAUUGAACCUGUGGAAAAAAGGCAAAAUUUUUGGUAGAAAUCGUGUAGUUCUUUUUUGGGUGAAGAAAUCGUGCAGGUCUUUCGCUUUUUUUCCCUCGUUUUUUUUUAUAUUUGAGAGUUCUUUAGUCCGUUGUUUUGUUCUAUGGAGAAGGAGACGACAGAGGGGGAAAUAGAGCGGAUUUGUUCGCGGAAUGAGAGCUAUCCGAGAGAUUUCCUGAAGCGAUUCUCCGGCAAUAGCUUAGCCGAAGAGCAGCCGGAGGCCACCGGAGGUGACUCCGACGAGAUCGAACUCAGCCUCGGGCUCUCCCUCGGCGAGUGCUUCUGCGCCGACCCCAAGGGGAAGAAGCUGGUCCGCUCCUCCUCGAUCACCUCCUUCUCGUCGUCACCGAGAGAGCCCGAAUCCCCGGUGACCACCGCCAUCACCAGAACGAGCUCUCUUCCAACUGAGACCGAGGAGGUGAGGAGGAAGAGAAAGGAACUCCAGAGCUUGAAGAGGAUGGAGGCUAAAAGGAAGAGGUUGGAGAAGAGGAAUUCUUUGAAACAGGGGAGGCGAGCGGACGAGGAAGAGGAGGGAGGGCGGAGCUUGGGAGCGCCGAUGGUGGUGAAGGUGGGGAAGUUUGAGGGUGGGCUCAAUGGGUGCCAUGGAUUUUCCGGUGGCGGUCACUUUGGAGGGGUGAUGAAUGGGGCCGCCGCUCCUCCAGGGAUGCGUGGGUGGGCGCCCGGAUCCGGCCGGAUGGUUUCUCAGCCGAUGUCGCAGGGAUCGAUUGGAUCGCAGGGGAGCAGCUCUUCCGGCAUGUCCGAGUACGAGAGCCCGCCGAUGCAAGGGUUCGACAUCUCCGGGUUUAGCAGCUGCACUGAAGUCAGGAGUCCCUUAACCAUCCAGUCAUUGCCAGAAAAUUCCAGUCAUAAAAUGGCAGCCACUCCUCCAACAACAAUUGUUGGAAAAGCUGUCGGCUCCGUCGGAGGAGGGGAGGAGGAUCCUACAAAGAAGAUUGCAAGGAGGGCCAGUGGGAUGAAAGAGAUGGAGAGAAACAUGAUGGAAGAGAUGCCUUGUGUGUCUACCAGGGGAGAUGGUCCUAAUGGGAGAAGAAUUGAAGGCUUCCUCUACAAAUACAAGAAUGGAGAAGAGGUGAGAAUAGUUUGUGUGUGCCAUGGCAGCUUCCUCACCCCUGCUGAGUUUGUCAGGCACGCCGGAGGCGGCGACGUCGCCCACCCUCUUAGGCAUAUUGUUGUGAACCCCUCCCCAACUGCCUUCUUGUGAUAAUGGUCCCCUAAUAUGUCCACCCAUAGAGAGUUAUUUUUCUCUUUUUUCUGGGUUGCUUUCUCCCUUUUUUUUUGUUUUUUUCUUCUUUGGCAAGCAAGAGUUGAGGUUUCUCCUCAUGGGUGAAGGAUGCUUUUAUUCAAGGGGAAAGAAAAAAGUAGAAAUGAAGAGAUUCUCACAUCUGCUCUUUGAGUUA